AUGACUUCAAUCUCUCUGCCUGCUUCCGUCCCGGUCUUGUCUCCAUUCGAAUCAGCUCCUGGCAGUCCACCUCGAUCCUCCCCAGCUCACAGACGGAGAGCUUCACGGAAUCCCAAUGCUCCUCCUCCGCUACCGCAGUUCUCCUUCAAUCCCGGCGGAGAUGAAAACGCUGUAGGCAGGGAAGGGAUGGAUUCACCGACGGAAGCUGUGAACAAUGCGAUGGGUGAGCCUGGUCGUCAUCCUCCAAAGCCUCUCCCGCUCCCAGAGUUCAAGUUCAAUCCCGGGGCAGAUCUGCCCUCUGAGCGAAGUCCAAGCCCGACACACCCAGUGUUGCAGGAGAUGGCUCUCAAUCAACAGCGUGCCGUUCGUUCUGCGAGACCUGCCCCUCUGCCCGCCUUCACAUUCAACCCGAGUCCUGCACCUGAACAAGCAUCUCCUAGCCCGACAAAAGGAGGGUUCAACGAGGUCCAACAGUCCCUUCGAGGUGGUCAUCGAAGAGGUGGAAGUGAAUUUGUUGGUGGUGGGAGGACUGACGGACCCCAGAUGGUCAGUACGAGUCCUGAGAAACCGGAAUAUCGACCCCAUCCACCUAUGUCCGGGGUCAGAGGACAUGUGCACCGUCGUUCUCAGGCCGUCUCCAUUUCCGAUAUCGACACAUCUGAACUGAUCAAAGCCAAUGCUGUCGCCAAGGCACGGGCCGGCUCUACACCGACGACACCUUCUGACGGCGCAGAGGCCUUCGUGUUUCCACGAGGCAGUGCACACGUGCGACAGUCCAUGUCAGGUGUUGUCAGAACUCCACCUUCGUCUCCUCCACGCCGGGGUAGUGCCCCAGGUAUUCGUCCUCGCGUCGGCUUUUCCGAUCAUGUGGAUGUUAUUCCUAGACCGUUGUCCAUGAUCUCCUCCGAGACAGAAGGGAGCAACUCCACCAUUCGAGGAAGUCAUUCUCUCUCUGGCAGCAUCAACUCGAUAGCAGCGAGUCCCACACCCAACCCAACACUCAUUGUUAGCCCGUCAAAUGAUGCACACGUCUCUCCAGAAAGACCGAGGACAGCGGAUGCUCUUUCUACCUUGUCGCAGGGUCUGGCCUCAGACAAGACCUUGGCGAUGAUCAACCUUCCCAAACGCCCACUGUCUGCUUCUGGGUCACCUGGGACUCUGAGCUCAAGCAGCCCUCCCAACAAGAAGAAAUAUUUCUGGUUCAAUCAUCCUUCCCACACUUCCCCCUUGACCACACCGCAGGCCGAGGGUGGCGAUCCUAUGGACAUCUUCAGCUCGCCAGCCGCGAGUUCGCGGCCGUCGGGGGACGCAUUACGGCCACGAACCUCAUCGGACGCUUCGAUGUCCAAGAAGCGGAAAUACCACACAUGGACAUCUGGAAUCUUCUCGAGAAAGUCCGAGAAGCGCUCCAGCAAGGUCAAGCGAGGGACAGUGCCGGCACCGCCACCAUUGACGAGAACCCCCAGUGACCAUUUGAACGAGAUUUUUGAUGCGGAUGAUACGAUCGUAAUCAGAGAGCCUUCGCCAGUGUCGACUCGGGUUCGAGCCUCGUUGCAAAACCUUGCUCCAUUGCCUUCAGUUCCACCGGAAGAGCAAAUCACCAGCCCGGUCAUCGAUUUAGAUGCUGCCUUGGGUCCCUUUGGAAGCGAGCAGAAGCUCGUACAAGAUGGCGCCAUGAAACAUCCCCCACGGUUGGCGAAGCUUCAUAGCAGUGAACGCAGAGGGGCAGUCGAUGCUUUCGGUUCAGUCCAUAGGCGGACGGAAUCAGCACCGGUGAUGCCGGCUGUGAACCGCAGUACCUUUGGCCUGCAUCACAUCGGGAGCAAUGCGUCUCUGUCGGACGAUGUCUUUGAUGAAGAGGAGGAGGACAAUUUUCUGGCUGGAGAGAAUGCUGCACGGCAGCCUUCCACUAGCAGGCCGGGUCCAGAAGGGCCAGCGCCGUCGCCACCUCUAGCCAGCCUCAAGAUGGAAGCCACUGAUGGCCUUGGCCUGUCCAUGUGCGAGAACCCUGGAGACGGAGUCAUUAUUGUGGACUCAGAGGACGACGUCUGUCGAGCGGAUGACAACCGAUCAUCUAAUGCGACAAUUGAGGCUCCUGUCUUCCACCAUUUCGAGUCCCGAAAGCGACCCAUGUCUUCGCCGAUGACUUUUGCGUAUCCAGCCCCUCAGUCACAUUAUACCUCGUCGAUGGAUGGUCGUACAACCUCGGCUUCAAUGAUCUCUUCUCCAGAUGCCGACCAUCUCUCGUUCGAUACCAUGUCACCGCCAUCUCGAUCCCUGGGAGAGCCGAGCCCCGAUAUGGUCCUUCGUGCCUCGAAUGACGAUCUUCCUUCUCUCAGUGACAGCAUUUCCAGUGGCGUCAUCCCCAGAAUCUCAAGCAGCGCGGGUACGAGAUCUUCUGGCGAACAACGAUCGGCGUCCGUGUUUGUGCCGUCGACUUCGAGGAGAUCGGACAACAGUCAGGCGUGGAAGCGAUCUAGUUUGGCCAGCCUCAACCGUCUGAUACCUGGGUCAUCACAUGGCAGCAAGCUCAAAUUUGAGACGGUUCCCGACGCUGCUGCGCUGGAUGAGAAGAGCAGGAAGAAGACCAAUCGGCUUAGCAAGCUGAUGCUGUUCUGGCGAUCGAAGGAGAAGAUCCCAAACUGA